AUGGCUUGUAAGGACCCAUCCGUGUUGGUUAUAGGAGCUGGUCUGGCCGGUCUCGCAGCUGGGUGUCACCUCAUUAAAGGCGGCCUUACCCGUGUAACUGUAUUAGAGGCAGGCGACAGGAUUGGCGGUAGAAUUCACUCUGUACCGUUUGGUGACGAUGGCGAAACAGAAGACCCGGCGACGGUAGAGUUGGGGGCAACCUGGAUCCAUGGCAAAGGCCCAGUAAACGAAUUGGCGAAGACUUUUGAUCUCAUCGACUGCGAUCUGACAGAGGACGAAUAUUAUGGGAUGUAUGUGGGCUCGAAUGGAACAAAGUGUAAUGAGGAACUUGUAAGAAAAGCAAGAGAGGAAUUCAGAAAAAUAAUAGAAGAGCUCUAUGGAAAUAAAUUGUCGGCAUCAUCUAAGACACUUUACCCCACCAUUCUUGAGUACAUACAGUACCGCUUGGAUCAGGUGGUGGAAACUCUCCCCGAUAAUGAUCGAAAUGAGUUCAAGGAUAUCUGUAGAACUCUUACAAAGGUGGAGGAGGAAAAUCACGGUGCUGCACUAGAAGAUGUAUCAGUGUUUAUACCCGAUAGCAUUACCCCUGGCAACAACAUCAGUUUGACAGGCGGUUAUUCCGCGUUGAUAUCAAGGCUGGCACAUACAGUAACCGACAAAAGAAUCCAUCUGAAAACGGAAGUGAUAAACAUCGACUAUACUAAUCCUGAAGAGGUAAAUGUUCUGUGUGAGUCAGAAAAUGGUGCAAUAAUGUACACCGCAGAUCACGUGAUCGUUACAAUUUCUCUGGGCGUCCUUAAAAAUGAUCACCAGAUACUUUUUAAUCCUGGCCUCCCAUUUGAAAAGAUUGCGUCAAUAUCAAAGCUGGGAUAUGGGACAGCCAGUAAGAUCAUUCUUCGCUACAAGACACCUUUCUGGAGCCAACAUGAAGGAAUGAAACUGGUGUGGAGAAACGACACUACUGAAUCAAACACGAAUUUACCAAGCUGGGCUAAAUGUUUGUACACAUUCAACGCCAUGGCAGCCAACCCCUAUACACUCGACGUGUGGCUGUGUGGGGAGGAAGGCAAAGAGAUAGAAACGAUCCCUAAUGACGUAAUAGCGCUCGUGCUUACCACGGUGUUGAGACAAUUUCUCAACGACCCAACUAUCCCAGAACCCGAUUCAAUCCUAAAAACCUCGUGGUUUUCAAACCGACAGUUCAGGGGGUCGUACUCCUACAUCCGCGUAGGAUCGACAGUGGAGGAUGUCCGUAUUCUGGCCAUGCCCCUUGUUGCCAAGGACAACAAGCCUGUCCUGUUAUUUGCCGGCGAGGCUACAGAUAUUGACUACCUUGCUUCGACGCAUGGGUCACUGAAUUCAGGUAUCCGAGAGGCUAACAGGCUGCUCAUGCGACAAAUGAAUACAUUUAUCUCCCAUGUGAAACCUUGUUAGAUUUACCAAUGAUUGGCAAUAGCAUACAUCGGUGAUCCGUGUUGUACAUUAAUUUGGCACCUAUAAUAUAUUAGAUGAAACAUGGUAUUUUAUAUACCGCUUUAUUUUAAUCUAGUUCGUAGGUCGUUUCAGAGCGGUUCACAAUUGUUUAUCCGUAGUUAUAGGGCCUUUGCAAUCAGCCAAUAUCUUUAUCAAUUCCCCUGGCAGCAUACAGCCGGUGCUGCAAUUUCGGCACUCACGGCAAGCAUUCAACAAUUGUAGCACUCCGCAACCUCGCGGAGAAAAGUACCGUGUUCAAAAAUAUAAAAACAAUGCCGCGAAAUGACUCGAACCUGCAAUCCUUCGUGUGUGAGCCCAGCUUCCUACCACUAGUAUCGUGCCUCAUAAUACUAUCUGUUCGAUGAAUACACGCAAGAAAUACGCUUGCCGUCCUUACCUUGCAUUAAAUUAUUUUUAUUGUCAAUUCUCAAGAAAAGAGACAACAACCAUUGUAAACUC